AUGAGUUACUAUUUACAACACUAUAAAAAUUCAUUUUUCACAGAUAUCUUAGAAUUUUUGAAUAUUGUGACUAUUCAAGAACCGUUACCUACUGAAACUCAAUAUUCAGAACAAAAAUCUCAAAGAGAAUCAAUUGAAUAUAUAAAAUCAAAUCCAUCUAAUAUUGAUAAUAUUUCAACUGAUAAUAAUGAUUCAGAUGAUAUAACACAAGAUACCUAUGAUAACCUUGGUGGAGAUGAUCAAUCGUAUCAUAAUAAUUUGGAAAGAAUUGCUACUGUAAUGUCUGGCGCAUCAUCUCAUAUGAAUAAUAAUAAUAAUAAUAGCAUUCGUGUUAGUGACCCAGAAAAGAAUCAAAGAGAAAAAAAUAGUGGGAUCUCUGAUGAUGAAGAAAAACAAUUAUCUGGUACAGACUCUAACUCUACGUCACAAUCUCAACCACAUGAUAUCAAUCUUGUACACGAUGUCGAUGACGAGGAUGAUAUUAAUGAUCCAUUUUUAGUUAGUUGGCAUAAUACAUCUAUGGAAGAUAAUCCAUUAAAUUGGUCAACUUUUAAAAAAUCAUUUAUGAUGGCAGAAGUGAUGUUACUAGGUUGUGUUACUUAUAUGUGUUCAUCUAUUUAUACACCCGCACAAGCUACUAUUGCUGAAGAAUUUGGUAGUGGCCAUGUAGUUGCAACAUUAAAUUUAUCAUUAUAUGCUCUAGGUUAUGGUAUUGGCCCAAUUGUAUUUUCCCCCUUAUCCGAAGUAGCUAAAAUUGGUAGACAACAAAUUUAUUUUUAUACCCUUUUUGUUUUUUUCUUAUUUCAAAUAGGUUGUGCUACUGUUAAUAAUAUGGGUGGUUUAAUUGCAUUAAGAUUUUUUGCUGGGAUUAUGUGUUCACCUGCUUUAGCUACAGGUGGUGCUACUGUUGCUGAUAUGGUAACAUUAAAGCAUUUAUCAAUUUGUUUAUCAACAUGGGAUCUUGGUGCAACAUGUGCACCAAUUAUUGCACCAAUCAUUGGUGCAGCUAUGCUUGUUGCUAAAGAUUGGCGUUGGAUCUUUUGGUUUAUGACAAUGAUUGGCGGCUUUACAUUAGUAUUAUUAUUUUUCUUCUUCCCAGAGACAUCACAUCAAAAUAUUUUAGCACGUCGUGCUAAAAGAUUAAGAAAACAAACAGGUGAUCAAAGAUACUAUACAAAACAAGAAAGAUUAGAUUCAAAAUUAACUACCCGUGAAAUUAUGAUAACAACAUUAUAUAGGCCAUGGGAAUUAAUGUUUAAAGAACCAAUAAUUUUAGCAUUUGAUCUUUAUAUUGCAUUAGCAUAUGGUGCAUUUUAUCUAUUUUUUGAAGCAUUUCCUUUAGUCUUUACAAAUAUUUGGCAUUUUACUGCAAUUGAAUCAGGUUUAGCAUUUUUAGGGUUUGCAGUUGGUACAGCAUUUUCAUAUCCAUUAUUAUUUUAUUUUUUAAAGACAAUUAUCAAUCCAAAGAUUAAAUCAAAUACAGUUACACCAGAAAUGUUUUUAAUUUUAAUGAUGUGGGUUGGUUGGUGUUUACCAUUAGGUUUAUUUUUAUUUGGUUGGGGUGCAGGUACACAUUGGAUUGUACCAAUAAUUUCAGAAAUUUUUUUCCAAUUGUCAUUAUGGAGUUUGUUUCAAGUUACAUAUUCAUACUUAGCAUCAUGUUAUCCACGUUAUGUUGCAUCAGUAUUUGCAGGUAAUGGAUUAGUUAGAUCAAUAUUUGCCUGUGCAUUCCCAUUAUUUGGUGUUAUAAUGUAUGAAAAUACAGGUACAAAAAAUUAUCCAGUUGGUUGGGGUUCCAGUAUUCUUGGAUUUUUCACUUUAUUAUUAACAGCUAUACCAUUUGUACUUUAUAAAUAUGGACCAGCUAUUAGAGCAAGAUCGAAAUUUAGUGGUUGA